AUGAGGGGUUGCUUCCUGCUGUUGCUCACGGUUUCGGCUUGUUAUUCGCAAAUACCGACCGUCAUCACAAAGUACGGUCCGAUCCAAGGGACAACCUACAUCGUCCAGGAGCAGCAAAAAGUUUACGAAUUCCUCGGGGUCCCGUUUGCCGAGCCGCCACUUGGGAAUCUUCGGUUCGAGAAACCGCAAACGCCACGUCCCUGGACUACACCUUACAAUGCGACCAGCUAUCCACUAGCAUGUGUACAAUGCGUCAAGCCAAGCUGGGCUAUCUCGGAGGAUUGUCUUAGGCUGAAUAUCUGGACCCCGUCCCUCACAGGGCAACAGCUUCCGGUGGUCGUCUAUAUUCAUGGUGGAGCCUAUCAAUCUGGUACCGGGCAACAGAAUGCGAAAGCUAUACGAGAGGUAUACGCUGUUUCGGGAAUUGUUUUUAUAUCGAUCCAAUAUCGACUUGGAUGGAUGGGAAAUUCGAAACAAGUGACGAUCUGGGGUACCUCUGCUGGGUCAUCAUCGGUUGGUCAGCAUACCAUCUCGCCAAAAUCGAGGGGCUUAUUUUCGCAGGCAUAUGAGCAAAGCGGAUCACCGAUUGCUGCUUUUGCUAGGGGCCCUUUUGUGAUUCAAGCGACGAGGACGGUGUUGCUCAAAUUGGGAUGUCCAACUCAAGGAGACAUUAAGAAAUGCUUGCAAAGCAAAACGAUCGACCAGUUCUAUGCAGUAACCGGGAAAUGUUUGCCAAAUGAUGUGGAUAUUGUUGAAUAUUCUCCCUUAUUUGACGGGGAUUUCUUUACCGAAGAUGUCGAAGCAGCUAUCAAAUCCUCACCCGCACUACCGACGUUGGUCGGACUGAACCAAGUCGAGGGCCGUCUCUUCGUUCUAUCGAACCUGUUUGCCUUCAGCAUCCCAGCAGCUGAAUAUCAAUAUAUGACGGCCGAUGCACUCUACGAUUUGAUCGAAACCUGGAUCUCGAAUCGAGGAUAUUCAGGGGAAGCAGAGUCUGCCGCCAAGACAAUCUACAAUUUCUAUUCACAAGGUUAUACCAAUUCCAGUGAUCACAAAUUCUGGGUUGAGCAAUAUGUGAAGCUGUGGACUGACACAUUUUUCAAUGCCCCGGCAAUGAGGGAAGCGAUCGCAAAAACAAAUGCAAGGCAUUUUUUAAAGUAUAAUUUUUCCUUUAGGCAAAUGCAAAGGUUUACACCUAUCGUCUUGAUUAUUACAACCAAGCAACCUGGCCAGUGGAUAGCCCUUGUCAAGGCUCAACUCACGUAUCUGAAAUGCCAUAUUGCCUUGGAC